GGGCACAGUUGGCAUAUUGUACCCUAGCCUCGUUUAGCUCCCAGCAUCCCUCAUUCUCUCUGCUCACCCCUCCACCAGGAUCAGCAGGUGAGUCUGAAUCUCAUGCAGUAAAAGCAUCAGUUAAAUACUUUGUUAAACACUUUGUUUUAGUUCUAAUGUAGCUUUUUAAUGCUUUCAUGUUCGCAUGUAUUGAUUUAUUGUUAUCAGCAGUGUUUAACAAUGUAUACAAGUAAUAGACACUUUAUUCAUUUGCCAUUAACCUUUACAUUGCAAGUAUUACUGCUAGAAAUAACUAAAUGUAUACAACUUUGUAUGUGUGGCAUUCAUGUCCCUGUUGCCUUGAGACUAAUGAAUUACUUUAUCUGUUUUUGUUUUUUUCGUAACUUUAUUAUUAUAAUAUUGUGGUGUUUUCUUUUGACUUGAUUGAUCUGAUUAUAUUUCACAAUUAUCUUUUUUGUUUUUAAUGUAUUGUAAGUGGGCAAAUAGAUUUGUUCAUUCUUCCAGCCAAACGUGAUUACAUUUUAUAUUACAGUGUAAUUAUAUGUGUAUUUAAAUUAUAUGAAGCAAUUGUCUUUACAAUCACACCCAGUGUGGGAAAGUUAUUAAGCAAACUCCAGUUUCUCCCAGCACAUAGAUGCUUGCAUUGCAUGCAGAUUACAGAUUACUUUUCUCCUGAGGAUGAUGUUGUAAUAUGCAGAUAGUCUGGGAAUAGGCUGAGAUGUCCAGCUUCUCAUAUUACACAUUCCUGUUGUGCAGUAGAAUGUGUUAAAUGUGCAAAGACCACCUCUCACUGGCACAUGGGAUUCUGAUUUAUAUAGGUGUGCUUUUUAAUAUUUGACUCCAUUCAUUUCUGUGUUACUCCAAAACAGGAGUGUAUUCACUAAGUUGGAAAUUGGGAAGUUUUGACAAGGCAAAUGACAAAUUUAGGUUAAAAUUCUUUAGUUGAAAAACUGGGGAUUUUGAGUUUUUUUUCCCAUUUCCAGUUCCCUUCUCAAUUUUGCACAAUGACAAUUUAAUGAUUGACUCUCGUGGCCUGGACAAGGGAUGCUCUGCUGCACUCACAGAGCUCUUGUAUAACCCAAUCGCUCUCAUCUAUUCCCUACACCAGUGACCCAUAUUACAGGAACCCAAUAUAUCUUGGUGGUCUGACUUCAAAAAUCGCAGUGACUCACUCUUCACUUGUAAUGCAAUAUGUACUAAUAUUCUCAAGACUCUUAGCAGUACCUGAGGGACCACCAUUGCACUAGGGAAGGCAAUGACACUGCGGGAAUAAUUUUAAUGUGGGCAGUUGCCUAGUAUCUUAAAUAUAAUAUGCUAAAUAGUGAGAACUAGUUAAAAUAUGACUAGACGUAUGACUGAACCCCAUAGAGUUAUUCACGAACGCGAGAAUUCAAAGUAUUCAAUUUCAAGGUAAAAAUAGCUGAAAUGGAAAAAUUCUCUAAGAUGGCUAUGAUUUCAGUUUGACUACUUUGGCCUUACAUUUGAAAUUCACUUUGCAUUCUCACUUUUGUGAAAAGCUUUACUAAUGUACAAUGUGGAAAACGAGUGUGCUGGUGAGUUCGAAAUAGUAAAUUAUAAUAAUUGCAAUAACACCAGCAUUCACUGCUUUACUAAUGCAAUGAACAGCAGCAAGUUCUGUGUAUUUAACUGAGGAUCCCGGCUGGUUGUGUGAUGCUUGGGGUGUUGAAGAACAAAGGAUGACUGGUUCUGUGAUUUUUGUUCUUCAUCACCAAAUGUAAGGCAAUAAAUACCAAGUAUGUAUCCUGUUGGCAGUCUGUUAUUUCCUGGUUUCACUAUUUAAUAGGUACUUUUUCUGCAUUGUCUAUGACUAACCCUAAUGAACAUUUGUUAAUUAUUCCUCCUUCUAUUAGUCAAAGAAAAUGUAAAUGUGCCUGAAUUUGAAGGGGUUUAUUCGCUAAACAGCAAAAUGUUUAAUAGGAGAAUUUCCCCUCCCAGUUUUUCUAUUUAUGCAUUAUGCAAUUUCUUUUCUAAGUCACUUCGGAAUUUCGGUUUAGUGAAAAACCCCUGUGUUUUUAAAAUAAUUAUUUGAAUAUUAAAUUGAAGGUAAAUUUUAAUUUUUAACCUCUUAACAAUCAUUGCUUUUCAGUAAUUGUCUCCAGUACAGCUAGACUUAUACUAAUCAUGGAUAAAAAGGUAUUUAAAGUACUGGUGAAGGGAAUCUGUUGUGAAUUAAAAAAAAAACAAAAAAAAACAGCUUAGUCUGCUUUGAGCUUGCUGCUUUACUUUCUAUAUUCAAAAACCAUGUGCCGGUCUUCUCCAAGGUGGAAAAACCUUCUUGUGUCUUUGGGGGGAAAAAAAGGCUUUUAAUAACUAUCCUGCAAUUUGGGACGUCAGUGCUUAAGCAAAACUUUUGAGUCUUUGUAUUUAAUUUAUUUGCUGAAUAAAAAUGGUUUGUCGCUGUUCAUUUGCUAUGUGUUAAAAAAUAAAGGGACUUAUUCACUAAAAUGGCACAUAAAGAAUUCACAAAGGAAUUGAAGAAAGGCCAAAGAUUUUUUUCCAUUUUUUUCUGUUCUGUCCUUAAACUUGCCAUUCCUUUGUUCAUUCUCCAUAAUUACUGUUAUAGUAAAUAAACUGCAUAUAUAUAAUAAAUAUGUUCAUGAUUUGUAAUGUUAAAGAGUUGAUUUAACACUUUCAAAUAUUUCAAAAAGAAACAUUAGUUCAGUAAUUCAUUGGUGAUUUAAAGAUCAAGGCAGCUAGGACUGGAAGAUGCAUCACAUUUUCUUAAACACAUCAUUUCUUAAAGGGGAACUUUAAACACCAUUACCACUCCUACAGCUUAUUGUAAUGGUUAUGGUCCUUUGAGAGUGUGGACACCAUCUCCCAAUUCCUUUUUUUUGGAGCAGAAUGACCUGGACCCAGUAUCCACCGGGAAAUAAAUAGCCUAACUCAACGCUCACCAAAGAGGAUGUUUUAGUGCUGCUUUGUCAAUUUCAUCCAUAUUUAGAAAGAAUUAAUAAGCUUAGAGACAAUCAAUACCAUCCAUAUUAAAGAAAACAUAUGUAGAACCAACCAUACUACCAGGACCCAUUACCAUAUCAGAUGUACACUGAGCAUAGAUAUAAAUAUAUAUAAUUGUACAUUGAAUGCCUUGUUUGUGUCUCAGACUAGUAAUUACCCAUAACUUACCCAACAGGUUAUGGAAGUUUAAACAAAGAUAAUACUCGUCAUGGGUAGUAACAUGUGAUGACACUUGUGGGUAGUCAAAUUUAAUUACAUUUAAUAAGGAGUAAAAUACAGAUUUUUUUUUUUUUUUUUAAAGCAAAAGCUACUAGAAUAUGCUGGGUGCACAAAGUGUUAAGAUAGUGAUUUAUUUGAAGGACAUACGAUGGUACAGCCAACGUUUCGGGGCAUUGAAGGGCAUUCUCACUGAUGAAUGGUUGAACCCAGAAACGUUUGCUGUAUAUAGAUGCUACUAUUAAACAAGCCGGCCAUUGCAUGCUGGCAUAGAGCCUGCAGACACUUAUUGUGACAAUGACAUCACAUAUUAUAGGUUGUUACUAGGUUAAUGUGCAUCAAUGUUUUCCACCCCCAUGAGGUUUUUUUCACAAGACACUGAAUUGUGAUUGAAAUCUGAAAUGAAAAUGUGAGAUUAAUUAAGUGAAUUUGGAAAUAUUCUGCAUCUCAGCUCACAAGGGAAAGCAUUGGGAGGUUAUUGCGCAUGCACAGCAAAACGCAUCACUGCGCCAAUCCGCAUCUUCUCAUAGACAUGCAUUGGAUCAAUGCAUCUCUAUGGCGAACAUUAAGCACUUCCAUACAGAGUGUGGCGACACUGAACGCCAGUGCUGCACACUGUGCAGCACUGAAACAGGAAGCACCUCUAGUAGCCGUCUGAGUAACUGCAACUGGAGGUGUUACUAGGCAGCAAUGUAGCAGUGUUUACAUUAAAAAGCCUGCAGGGACAUGCUUUAGACACCAGAGCCAUUUUAUUAAGCUCUAGUGGUUCUGGUGACUAUAGUGUCCCUUUAAAUUUAAACUCUGUAUAAGUAGGUAGUACAAUCCCACACUUAUUUACAAAUUCAUUAACAUAAACAUUCAAGUUAAUUGUGGUUGGAUUUUGCUCUAGUAUAGCAGGUGCUAAAUGUUAAGAGGGAUAAAAAAUGGGUCUCGAGACAAUAGUUAAUGUUUAGAUAAAAGAAGAAAAGUAGAAAAUGUGUUAAUUGAUCCACUCUAAGUGCAACUAAGUGCAAUAUUUCCUUUUCUCUAUCUUUGUAUGUUAGCAGAUAAUCUAAUAUGUGUUCCUGAGAAACAUUCCAAGCUAAGAACUGUGUGCAUUAGGUCAAUAACACUUUUUGUGUACCACCGUGACCUGAAACUAGCCUAUUGUGCUGUCAAAAAAGCAGUUAUCUCCAUUUAAUCUAUCUACAGAUUAACCAGUCAAACCAUUUUCUGAAUAUCAGGUUUAUUUGUCUACUUGAUCUUUCAGUCACCUGUUUAUCGAGAUGCCCAAACCAGCAGGUGGCAAUAGUUUUUUAUAAUUUUAUAAUAUUUGACAAAAAAAUUCUAAUUUGGAUCUAAGAAGUUAACUUUUACAGGAUCAUUCAAGUGGAAAUUGUCAGCAAUUUAACGUAAAUGUUAUGUUCAAUAAAUGUUUAUUGUAUCAGAGAAGAAGAGACAAUAUGUAUUGUAGGGAUAAUUGUGAAGCAAGCUAUUACAAAUAAUAUUUGGGAUGAGAUGAAAAAUUUAUAAAUCAAUAUAAUUUUUUUUUUCGAAAAUUGGGCAGACUAGAUGGGCCGAAUGGUUCUUAUCUGCCGUCACAUUCUAUGUUUCUAUGUUUCUAUUAUUAAUAUGAAUAAUAAUAUGGCAGUAUUAAAGGGACACUAUAGUCACCCAGACCACUUCAGCUCAAUGAAGUGGUCUGGGUGCCAGGUCCUUCAGGUUUUAACCCUGCAUAUGCAAACCUAGCAGUUUCAGAGAGGUGCAUCUGUGAUGCUCGAGGCACAUUUUGCCUCCAUCGUGCAGAGCGUCCAUAGGAAAGCAUUGAGAAAUGCUUUCCUAUGGACACUUUGAAUGCGCGUGUGGCAUUUGACGCGCAUGCACAUUCGGCUCCACUGACGUCGGACGGGGGAGCUGACGUUGGUUGGGGAGGGACCAGGCCCACCCUUUUGAUUUAAAGAGGUACCAACUAUUUUCUUUUUGACCCUAAAUUCUUGUAGUUCAACUCAAUGUUAUUAUUCAAUACAAUGUAAAACAAAAAAAACAUAUAACUUAAAAAUAUAACAACAACAACAGCAACCUAUAAGAUAGUAACAUAAUUAGUGAUCAUACAACAUAAAACAAACAAAAAAUAACUUCAAGCAUAGUAUGAAAGAAAAAUGUUUUAUGAUGAGAACCGGUAAUCAAAUACUCUUGGCAAUAAAUUCAGCCAAUCUCCCAAACAGUUUAACAUCUUAACAUCUCAAUAUAAAUUAUUCUCAACUCCCCUUAUCCUGUGUCCAGUAUCGCCUAUGUAAGGGAUGUUGAAAGACUUUAAUGAUGAUGGCAGGUUUAUCACAAUGUCUGAAACGCGCCUCUAUGGGGAAAGAGGUUGAUUAAGAGUGAAUUUUACAUUCUAGGACAAUAUAGUUGAACUAAAUCACUAGAUGAGUAAUUGUGUUGAAAUGAGUAAUUAUUAAUUAAUAAGAAAUGUUGUGUUGCUUCAUGGCUGAUGUGCAGUGGGAAUGCGGGACACGCACGCUAUUGGCUUACAUAUAUUUCAGAGGCUUUCUUUGUUAGUAUACAAUGCAUGUGAAUAUGGUGAAGUUGCCAAAGAAAGGAUAGAUCUACUGUUGAAUCAGCAUCACAAGUAUUUGUAGUGUCAAUAAAAGGUUUUAAUUCAAUUUAGCUUCAUUCUAUGGGCACACUCAGACACACUGCUAGAUAGACACAAAUACAGAGAGAAACACACAUUUCAGAUGCCACUCAGUACCACACACAAAUAUAAUAACCAUGAUGUUUUUUUUUUUUUUUGCCAUCCCACUGUUUGCCAAUCUUUUAAGGGCAGGAUGUUGUCUAAUGUCGAGUGAAUGAAACAGUUUCUCACGUAACAUCCUUAGAACAUUAGGAGAAAGUGAUAUAACACCACACCCAGCUAGCAUGGGCCAUGUCAGGGAGCUGUCAUUGCAGUCUGAGACAAGCAUGUCCCACUCUGUGGCAGAUCGUCAAUGCAAUCAAAUUAUAUGAGAUAUUUGUAACUGCGCAUGUAGACUGCAUAUUUAUUGUUUUUUUUUUAUUUAUUACUGGUAUUUAUAAAGCGCCAACAGAUUCUGCAGUGCAUAGCGACAGUGAGCUAAUACCCUCUGAAGGUGCAAAUGAUAUUUCAAACAGUUUCCACUGUUUUCAACAAUGUUAUGUUUUUGUGUUGUUUAUAGAAUAUGGCUCCCUUUCCAGAAAUGGAGAACCACGUGGACGUCACAAGCCUUCCAGUUGUCUCAAAACAGUCUGGUUUGAGCACAGAAAAUUCCAAUGGUGGGUAUUUAUUUUGGACUAGUUUUUGUUAUCACUAGAAUUGCUUAUUUUAGUAAGUCAAAUUGACACAGUUAGUGGGAUACUCCAGGUUUGAUCUGAUUCAUGUUUAAUAUAUUUCAUAGAAAAUGCAUUAAAACAACGUAUGCGCAAUAACAAUCAACAAACAACAUAAACAAAAUAAAUUAUAAAAAAAAAAAAAAAAAAUCAGGUUUAAAUUCCGUACAUGUACUACACAACUACAGGUAGCUCAGCAUGUACCUUAUAUCACCAAACCAGGAAGAGGAUUCUGUUAGUUAUAGCUCGUCUGUCAGCUGUCUUCCUCAAAAGCUAGUGGCUGACUUACGUGCAAUAGUUUUUUUGGAAUAGGGAUAUAAUGGCAUUUGUUAGGAAGGACAGAAAGUCGAUGCUCAUGGAGCAAAACUAGUUAUUAAAAAAUAAAAACAUAAAAAAACAGUAUACUAACUGUGACCUAACAAACACACUGUCUUUACAUUCUUUACAUUUGUGAGUGUCUUAAAUGCCCCUUUACCAUUCUCACUUUUCUGCAGGUAACGACACCGAAGAUUUACCUCCAUCAUACUCUACCCUUAACCUGUAUAAUGAAAAAGUUGAAGAAGAGAAAGAGUUUGAUCCAUGGGAUAUGCCAGAAUUGAAGGACACAGGAAUGAAGUGGUCAGGUAAAGACUAAAAUGCAUUUAGAUUUUUCCAUUUAAAUUGUCAUUUCAGUGGUCGUUCUAUCUGAUCUGCCUGUCUCAUUAUCUAUCAUCCAUUCAAAUAUAUUAGAUGAUACAUGUAUUUUAUAUUAGGGGAAAUACUUGAAAUAUCUACGUACUUCAAAUACUCACCGUUGCUGCUAACAUUUUGGUCGGCAUGGAUAUAUUUUGUUCUAUGAUAUGAGCUCCAGCAAUACGAUUUCAGGUAAUACGUAUUAAAUUAAUAAAAGUAUUUAUUUUUUUUCAUCUGAUUUACAGAAAUGAAUACAAAGCAACAUAUAGUAUCGGUGUUACUGGGGACCACAAAGCUUAUUCUCUUGAUUGCGUUGCUGUAUUUCUUUGUUUGCUCAUUGGAUGUUUUGAGUUCAGCAUUCCAGUUAGUUGGAGGUGAGUGAUCUAUGUUCCCAUAGAAAACUAGAAGCCUAUAUUACUGAUACCGACGACUUUAAGAAAGAGCAAAUAUUAGCAAUAAUUCAUUCUACGCUGUUUUUUUUUAUUUAUAUUACACGUUGUCAUGAACUAGAUGAAUUAGAAAUCAAUCAUUCUACGAAUUUCGCCAUGUUAUCUCGUAGCGUAAUUAUAUGGAGAAUGUAUAUUAAAUCUUCUACUAAAAUUGAAUGUUUUUUAGCCAGUAUACAUCCUGGUUGCGCUCAAACUGACCAGGUUUCUAACUUUUAGCAGUUAAAAUAAUUAACAUUUUCCCCAUGUACAUUCUUGGCCCCUUUUAAGAUGGUCGGCUCAGAACGCCUAAGGUAAUGGAGACAAACAUAGGUGUGAGAGGAACUACAGAAUUGACACACAGAGUACCACCCAUGUUGCACAUGCAAAACAAGCUGAUUAACUAGAUCUGCCUGCACUGUGUAUUCAUUAUUUAUAGGUCCACAGCAAUAAAACAAGCUAUUAAGCAAAACUGGGUUGGAGAGAUAUGAAUCCCAAAUCAGACACAAGGAAGUCUUAUUAUGUGAGGAUAAAGCAUUCUGCUGCACUUCAGCUGUGAUUGUACUAAUUAUCCCGAAGACAUAGUCAGAAUUAGGUCAUAAGCGUUCGAGUUCCACCACACCUGGAAAGAUGCAGGUGACCUGGCAGUGUUUUGUGUGCUUUAGGACCAUUGCCAUAUAUUCGUUAGAACAAAUAUAUCAUAUAUUCUGAUUGUUUUGAAUGCUACGGAAGAAGUGUUAAUUUAGAAUGAUGCUCUGUGAUUUUUAUUGGUUGGCUUAAAAAAUAGCCUUAUCAUUUUAAUGUCUGUCUAUAGGAAAAGCCGCAGGCGACAUUUUUAAGAACCACUCUGUGUUGACCAAUCCCGUCGCUGGCCUUGUUAUUGGCGUGUUGGUGACUGUCCUGGUACAAAGCUCCAGUACUUCCACUUCAAUAGUGGUCAGCAUGGUUUCCUCUGGAAGUAAGUAUAAAUGUAUACAUUGUACACUAUAUGCUACACUGCACCUGAAAACCAUUUAAAAGUAUGGUGAUUAAAGGGUUACUCUAAGCACCAUAACCACCUAUGUUCAUUUAAUUGUUUAUUGUGCAAGGAGGUCCAGUAUCAUUAUGCACCUACCUGUACAUGGUUACUUCAGUUGUUUGCAAAAAUCACUGCAGCAAUUAGAUUCCCUUCUUCAUCUUCAUUUCAUGAGGAUGAAGAUUUUUUUUUUUUUACUUUGCUGUCAAAUAUCCAUCUAAAACUGAACAUACAUUUACUUGGCCAACUUGGCAAAACGUGUUAAUAGCUCAGUUUACCAAACUGUGAAUGGGCUGUAAAUAAAGCGAUAGUACUCACCAGGGCUGGACUGGGAAAAAAUUCAGCCCCACCAUUUUUUAAACACAGCUGUGCAGUGAAAAAUAGUUAUUUACUGAAGAAUAUUCUUCAACUUUAAAAUGAGGCACACAGGAGAUUUCAUUGAGAUGAACUCCCUGCAUAGGACAUGCCAGGUUUUACCAGACGUAUCCUAGUUUGGAGGGUAUAAAUCUGAGUAAAAAAGCUUCUCCUCCAGUGAAACAAAAAGUUAAGUAGACCCACCACCGAAAAAUAUAAAAACCCUUCUUAGCCAGGACCCUUCUCUUUAUAGCAACAUAGAAUAAGGAAAGGAACGAUCACAAAAAAAGGGACUAGGUGAAUUCCUAACUAUGAUAAUAUUAUCAGUAGUUUGCUUGCUUUUAAUAGCUCCCUCCUUGGGUAUGUUAAUCUGUUUUCAAUUUCUGUAACUGUGAGUAUGAAUUAUCAAAUGGUAGUGAAGGGCGCUUACAAUUGCAUGCAGAAUGAAUUAAAGGGGCACUAUGUAGACACUGUAACUGCUUCAUCUCAUUAAAGUGGUUAUAGUGUCUGGAGUACCCUGACACUGUCCCUCAAAAGUCCUCAGCCCCCCAUCCUCUCUGUGCUGCCUGGUUAUUGUGAAAACAUUAGCAUGGCCACCAACGGAUGGUCGUGGUUGGCUAAGAGUGUCAGCUGACCUUCAGUCUGGGUCAGGCUAUGAUUCAGUGUUAAACUGCUCAAAAGUAGUUUAACAUUGAAUGAAGUGAAAGUGCCAGGGGACUCUGGGCACUAUAAACAAUUUAAUAAGAUGGAAAUAGUUCUACCGCCUACAGUGUCCCUUUAAAGAUCAACUGCACUUGUUUGUUGCAGUCCUGAGGACAUGACCUUUCAACUAAAAGUAUAUUUCCAUUUAGAACAUGUUGAUGCACAUGUAUUUGUGAUGUCCAUUCCUAAUGAUAUAUUUGUAGAUAUUUUAUUGAUUCGUCCAAUACAUUUUAUAAAUGUGAAUGUAUUCAGGCGUGUUUUGGUGUAAUUUUCCUCAAUGUUAGUAAUAGUAAAAUAUUACUAAAUAAUUAUUAAUAUGAUACUAUUCUCUUUUUAUAGUUUUAACAGUCAGAACAGCCAUUCCGAUCAUUAUGGGAGCCAACAUUGGUACUUCUGUCACAAAUACCAUCGUAGCUUUAAUGCAAUCUGGAGAUCGCAAUGAGUUUAGAAGGUAUGUCCUUUUUUCUUUAUUUUUCAUUUUUGUUUACAUUUAAACCUGUGUUGCUCUGUGUUGCCAUUUUUUUAAUAAAUGUUUUUAAAGGGGGUGGGGUUUAUGCAUAUAUAAAGCAGGGCUCCUUUGGGUAUUGAGGGACUGUCCACAAUUAUUGGGGGUUGGUCCCUGCAGAUGGACCAACGCUGACUUAACACUUAUGCAUUAUUAAUGUCCAUUGUGUCCAACCUCCAGCUGGUAAGUGGAAGUCAAGAGUUGAAAAGAACAUGAAAAAGAUGAAAAAUAAAAUUAAGAAAAUUGUAGAUUAUGCUAGCUUUAGUGUACCUAUAAUCUUAAUUUUAUUAAUGACAGGAGGCGAGUAUUUGCUUAAGUCUCUCUUUACUAGAACGCCACAGUAGCACAGAAAAACAACCAAUCAGAAAAAAGUUAGGUACUAUAAAACUCCCCUCCACAUGCAACAUUUCCUCUUUCAAGCUGCGACAAAAACAGAAUAAAAGGCAGAAAACAUAAUGGGGAAGAAACAAAGUCCUAGAUACGAUGAAUACAACGAUGUUACGAUCCGAGAAGAACUGCCAAACCAGAUGGCGUUGAUGGACUGUAAACUGAAACGAGAGAAAAACAGAAUCGAACAGGUUGAUUAUCCAAUGAAAUGUACUCUGAAUAAACAUGUAGGUACCCAAUGUUGCAACCAAAAGUACCUUAAUAUGUAGAUAUCCCAACCCUACUUAUGAAAAAACAGACAUAAGAACAGGCGACAGGUAGCAGAGACAACAAGCAGAGUUGCAUACGUACCUGAUUAAUCCAAACUAUUAAAAUUAAACAAGGGAGGGAUAAGAAUGUGUGGGAAAACACUUGCCUCCUGUCAUUAAUAAAAUUAAGAUUAUUGGUACACUAAAGCUAGCAUAAUCUACAAUUUUAUAACAUGACAGGAGGCUUCGUAUUUGCUGUUUUAACGCUCAGUCAACAAAUUCGCUGGUACCUAUUCCGGGAGCUAUCCGAGCAAUCCUAAAUGGACUUUCCAACUGCGAUAAAUGACAAUAGACGGAUCGAUGAAGAUGCCAGUUGACGAAGCAUCCCAAAUACAGAAAAAAACACCAUUGCAGGUAGAUCCAUUGUACUUGGGGUUGCAACCUGUUUCCUACCAGCCGGUCCAUGAGCUGCCAAGCUGACCUAUUAGCCAUUUCCCUGUAGUUAUAAAAUGUCGAAGGUCAUUUGCGGACUUAGGGCUGCAAUAAGACAUUGCCACCAUGUCUCAACUCUUGAUGUGUAAGGUUGCUCCACCGAUCGUGCCAGGGUCACCAGGCGAUGUGGGCUUGCAGGCAGAUCUUCAAUAUCAAGGAAUGUGCCUAAGUGCACCACCAAUUCCGUAAUAGAACCAAGUAGGAUCUUUCGUUCCCUGAUGGCCUACCCGGUGAGAUGUCUCAUCCGAGAAUACAUUUAUGCAGGCAAGAGUGUGGCAAACUAGCCCUAUCCCAAGUGAUUCCAGUAUAUUCCAACUGGACUGUGUAAUCCUCAGCUGCAGUAGAGAAAGGACUCCAAAAAGGACAUCCAAUCAGGGUCCCAAACUGAACUUGUGUGGUGGAACGGUGGUCGACUAUUCUGGAAAUAGUGGGUCCCGGAAAUAUUCAAAGGGAUGGGAAACGUAAACCGGAGUUGAGAUUCCCAUCCAGAUGUCAUUGUCUAAGAGUGAGAAGAUGUACGGAUCCAAUGGUGAUUGGGACCUGUAUAACAACGAUUAUAAAAAUAAAAUCCCACAUGGUUUAUAACAAUACUGCAUUAGAAAAAUAAAAUCCCACAUGGAUUAUAACAAUACACCAUACAGGAAUAAAAUCCCACAAGGAUUAUAACAAUACUGCAUGUAUAAGGCUAAAAUACUGAAUAUAAGCAAUAAAACCCCAAAGCCACCCACUAGAAGCAAGAAGCAGUGGUACUCUGACCUGUACUGACUGCGGAGCAGCAAAGAAAGAGGAAAUGAUGCAUGAGGAGUGGAGUUUUAUAGUACCUAACUUUUUUCUGAUUGGUUGUUUUUCUGUACUGCUGUGGAGUUCUAGUAAAGAGAGACUUACGCAAAUAUGAAGCCUCCUGUCAUGUUAUAAAAUUUUUAUGAUAUAGAAUACAUAUUUAUACUAAAUAUUCCGAUAAAAAGUUGAAUAAUGUAGCUAGUUCCCAAAGAAGCAUGCACAGUUUAGCAUUAUAAAAGUGAACACGAAAUAACAAUGUUAUUCCCACCAAAUACAUAUAACUAAACAUUGUGUUCAAUAAAAGUUGUUUUUUUUAUCUCUGAGAUGGGCCGAUUUGUAUUUUUCUUCUGUUCAGACAAUGGAGCAAUAGAAAUGGCUAUUUUCAUGUUGAGGUACAGCCCAGCCAAGUACACAAAUAUACAUAGGCUUUAUUGUUGUGUGGUUAUUUCAUGACGUGUUGAGCUAAUAAAAUACUAACUUUUUAGGGCAUUUGCUGGUGCCACUGUCCACGAUUUUUUCAACUGGCUUUCUGUGCUCGUUCUGUUGCCUAUAGAAGUGGCUUCAGGGUAUUUGUACCACCUCACCAAUGCUAUCGUCACGUCAUUCAACAUCCAAACAGGAGAGAAUGCCCCGGACAUGCUUAAAGUUAUCACAGAGCCUCUCACUAAAGGAAUCAUUCAGGUGUGUAGACAAUCGUGCCGCUUCUAUUUUUGUGGCACACUUACCGUUUGGUCUUUGAAAAAUCCCUCUUUCCAAUGCACAUGUAACCCGAUAUUUUGUAUGUUGCAGCUUGAUAAAAAGGUUAUAGAAGAUAUUGCAGCAGGGAACGAAGCAGCACAAAACAAAAGUCUGAUUAAGAGUGUUUGUGGCUAUACGGUAAGAUACAGAGAUACAUGCAACCUGUACAUGUAGACUGGUUACCUGCUUAUACGUAGAUGAUUUAGCGUUCACAAAAUGUAACAAGAAAAUGUUUCUAUACAUGUGGUAUUUUGCUAAUAUUCACUCUGGCAUCUGGCUUUUUAUAAAAUUGUUGACAUUAAUGUUGUGUACUUUAACCCCUUAAGGACACAUGACACGUGUGACAUGUCAUGAUUCCCUUUUAUUCCAGAAGUUUGGUCCUUCAGGGGUUAAUGUAUUGAAUUGGCAACUGGUAUCUAUCUAAUAAUGGCCUUGAUUUAAUAUUUUUGGAUAGGAUUUUCAAAUGAUUUCAUAGUUUUGGAUACACUUUUAAAAUUAUUCCAUAUUUUAGAUUUUUUUUUUUAAAUAGGUAUUUUUUUUUACUUUAAUAUUUUGAAAAAAAAAGAUUUUUAACAUUUAUCCAGAAUUAUUAAAUCCUCUGAAAAGGGAAUUCAAAAAUAUUAGAUUGAGGGCAACAUAUCUCUCAUAAUAAAGGGCAUAACAAAUAAGUUAAAAGAAAAAAGUAUAUUACACUAAAAUAAAUGCAAGCUAAGCCUUAAAAGGAGAAACACUUAAUAAACCCUUAUCUAAUUAUACACAUAAGACAAAUGAGCUCUAUUCACUAAACACUUCAUUUGAUUUACAUUUAGACCAAAUACUGCAAAUUAAAACGAGAUUUAUAUUUUUUUAUACACAAUAUAGUUUCCAAAUUACAUGGUUUAAUUAACCCCUUAAGGAUACAACUUCUGGAAUAAAAGUGAAUCAUGAUGGAAUAUUUAUGUCAUGUGUCCUUAAGGGGUUAAAAGACCAACUAUGUUUAUAUUGUUUCAUUAAGUUAACCCUUUGUGUAAAGUAUUUUUUUUAUUUUUUUUUAAGAAUGAAAGUUUGUCGGUUGAUGUGAAUUGCACAUUCAGCAACUGCAUGGCUCCAAUAAAGUGUAAGUAUUAAGGUGGUAACAUACCCAGUCUGUCCAAAUAUCUGUCACAUUUGUUUAACCCCUUAAGGACACAUGACAUGUGUGACAUGUCAUGAUUCCCUUUUAUUCCAGAAGUUUGGUCCUUAAGGGGUUAAAUCUAUUCCCAUUAUAAGACCAAGGGUAUCCUACACAAAGAACCCAGCUUGGACACAAUCUUCCUGAAAGAAAGCUUACAUGUAGAAGAAGCAUGGGUAUUGUCUAUAAUUUCCAUUUAACAGAUCUACAGAAAAUACAAUGCACUUCGAGCACCAUAACCAGUACAGAGUGCAAUAGUGGUUAUGGUACUUAGCGGCCAUCGAUGAUGUCCUUAGGUUUUUGUCAAGUCCUUUCUGCGCAGUAUGAGUAAUCCAAUAGAUCAUGUGGAAUCCUACUGCUGGGAAUGUUGUAGUGAGGAAGUUCAGCAGUGCUGAAAUAAUUAACAGUGAUUCAGUCACGCCAGAGAGCUGAUGCAAACACAUCAUCCUUAAUUCUAGCGCAAUCGAUAUAUUCAAUGUUUUACAUAUUUUCUGUUUUAUAGGUUCGCACUUAUUUGCAAACACCAGUCUUCCAGAUCUGGCUGUGGGGCUAAUACUGCUGGCGUUGUCUCUGUUCGUCCUGUGCUUGUGUCUCAUACUGAUUGUCAAGCUUCUGAAUUCCAUGCUCAAAGGACAAGUAUCCGUUGUCAUUAAGAAGAUCCUCAACACAGGUAACAACAACUUGUUAAUGUAAAAUAUUAGUAAUGUUGUCUAUUUCUGUUAGUAAAUUGAGGAACCAACAGUAACAGUAAAGUCUGAUUCCAUUUGUACUUACAAAAAUGUUCGGCUAUCUUUCAGAAACACUAGUUAGGGGUUAUUUACUAAAUUGAGAAAUCAAAGUGAAUUUAAAAUUCAAGUUCAAAGUGCCCGAAAUUGACCUAUUUCCUGUGACUAUUCUCUUACUUUUAGUUCGGCUACUUGAAAUUCACUCUUUGAAUUCACUUAGAAUUCUCACUUUAAGGAAAUAAUCCUGUGUGAAUUACACAGACGUCUGGACCACACAAGUCUACACAGACAGGGAAAGAAACACAGAGUUUCUUGCUAAUACCCACAAAGGCAAUCAGAUUUCAUUUCUGAAAUUUCAAUAUACUGACCAUCGAGACCGUAUUUAAAAGUAGUGGCAGUGAAGAAAUCUUUAUAUAUUAGUUUAGCUAAAAGAUUUAUCUGAGCUUGCAAAAAAUUUUAGCAAACAAACGUAAUCUGAUCUGUCAUUUGUAUUCACUCUUCAGCACAACUGUAAAAUUUUCUUUUAAAGUUUUUUUUUUUUAAUUGUAUUAACAACAAAGCCUGUAAAUUAUCAGUAUCCUCUCAGCGUGUCACAUGACUACAGGGUACAAUUAAUAAACCCUAUAUAAAAAUGUAAUUAUUAUAACAUUUGAAGUGAUUGUUUUUUUUUACCACGUUUUGGAUAUUUUUAUAUAAUUUUAGAAUAACAUCUAUAAUUUAUAUAAAAAAAAGGUAUUUUGAAUGUUUAGGUAGAACAGUGCCUUUAAGAAGUGAGUGCAGUAAGAGGUGGAUUUAAUGACAUUUCAGUAUUAAAAUUGAAAUAUUAACAAUGGAAAGUUUGAAAAGAACUUAAUGUAACUUAGUGUAACUUAAUCUUGAUAUUCAUGUAAACUCUUCUUACACCUUAUUUUGAUUGCUUGCACAUUAAUCUUUACCAUAUGAUUUAUUAUUAACAAAUAUAUUUACAUAAAUUUACUUUUUUUCCUUUUUCUACAUAGAUUUUCCCUUUCCAUUCUCCUGGUUAACCGGAUACCUGGCUAUGUUAGUUGGCGCUGGAAUGACAUUUAUUGUUCAAAGUAGUUCUGUUUUUACCUCUGCCAUAACUCCCCUUAUAGGUAGGUUUAAAUUUUUUUUCAUUUUGAACUGCUUGCUAAGUGUAUGUUCCACAAGCAUCUUCCAACAUUGUGUUCUAUGUUUACCCUUAGGAAUUGGCGUUAUCAGCAUAGAAAGAGCUUAUCCAUUGACUCUUGGUUCUAAUAUCGGAACAACAACUACUGCUCUACUAGCUGCCCUGGCCAGUUCGGGUGUAACAUUACAAAAUUCUGUGCAGGUUGGUAUACAGUAAAUUAUGUAGAAUUUUUACAAUUUUUUAAUUAAAGGAAACUAAUACACAUGUUGUUCCAGAGUAUUUUAAUUUAUUUAAGAUCUAUUUAAGAUUUGUACACAUCACAAAAUAUAAUGCAAUAAAUUAUUCAAUACAAAAAAUAAAUACUGGGAUAUUCAAUAACGUGAGAAUUGAAGGUGGAUUUAAAGUAAAUUUUUAAUUCAAGGCUAAAAAAGCCAAAUGGAAACAUCAUUUUUUUUAAAAUCAGCCAUGCUUUCAAUUCAUCUACUCUGGUCUUAAAUUUGAAAUUCACUUGAAUUCUCACUUUAGUGAAUAACUCUGUUAGUCUCCGAACUUCAUUAAUUAUUACUAAGUGCGGAAAGUUAGCGAGGUGUGGAUCUCUGUUUUAUAAAUUGAAUUAACUUUUUCAUGUUUUUUUUUCCCUACUAUUAUAAAUUUCCCUUUUAUCUCUACCAUUCGUAUACCCGGUGCUUUAUUUGUAUCCUCUCCUGUUUCUUCCCAUGCUCAUCUCAUCAGUCUUUUACAAUUUAUUUCUUGCCAUUUGCUCGAUCCUUUCUUGUUCUGUUCACUCCACAGUUUUGCCAUCUUUUAUUUUAACCUGUCUUUCCUCUUUCAUCUUACUUUCGUCUUUUGUUCCAGCCAUUUGUCCACUAAUAAAACACACUAUGAUAAUUUCUUCUUCGACUGUGCUCAAUGCUGUCUGUACUCCAUGUAAUAAUUGCAGUGUACAUCAUGUUGCCUGCAGCAGGUGAUGGUUUAUUUCCAGCUGCAUAUAUAGUAAGAUAGCCACAAGGUCAAUUCUCAAAGCUGCACCCAUUUAUGUCCCAUGUCUUCUAGCACUUACCCUCCUAUUACGUUCUUCACAUAAUUCCUUAUCGUUCAAAACAAACAUACUUUUAACAAAUAACUGAAAUUAAAUUAGCUGAGGGCAAACUCUGAGGCCUAUGGAAACAAAUUACUUUUGUAAUCCAUGUUUUUAACUUACAUGUUGGGUUUGUAUUUCCCUCUCUUUACAGAUUGCGUUAUGUCAUUUCUUCUUCAAUAUAUCUGGUAUCCUUAUUUGGUAUCCCAUCCCUUUCAUGCGCAUUCCUAUUCGAUUAGCUAAAGGACUGGGUGACAAGACUGCCAAAUACAGAUGGUUUGCUGUCGUCUAUCUAAUCUUGUGCUUCUUCUUGUUGCCAUUGAUGGUAUUUGGCUUAUCAAUUGCAGGAUGGCAGGCCCUAGUAGGAGUUGCUGUACCAAUUGUGUUUGUUAUUAUUGUAGCAAUUGUGGUCAGCAUUAUGCAAAAAAAAUGUCCUCGAUUUCUGCCCAACUUCCUAAAAACAUGGGACUUUCUGCCAAAAUGGAUGCACUCGAUGAAGCCCUGGGACUCUUGGAUGCGUGUAAGCUCCAUGUUCUGUGGGCGAUAUCUCUGCUGUUGCUGUAAAAAAUGUAAAUGCUGUAAGUGUUGCCAAGACAAGCAGGAUGAAGAAUGUUCAGACGUUAAUCCCCAAAAAAUUGAAUGUCAUGAUAAUGUUGUGGAUCUUACGGAUGAAGUAACAAGUUCUGCAAACCAAGAGCAAGCAAAUUCUCAGGAUCUCACAACAUUUUAAAUAGACAUUGAUCACUGCUAUCCCAGUAAAAAACUGUGUAGUGAGACUUGUUUUCUGCACGGAAUCUAUCUUUUCAUUCAAAGAACUUUAAAUAACAUCUUCUGAAAAUAAUGACCUUUCCACCACAAUGAAAAUUGGUGUGUUCUUUCAGACAUUGAGUCAUUAGUCAAUGAAACAGAUAGGAAUACUUAUGACUGUAAGAAAGUCUCUUUUUUCUCUUUGUCUACUUUUGCCUGGUGCAUGUGUCCCUUUAUUGAAUUUCAGGGUGCCAGAGAGAUAGGAACUGAACAGUUUUAUAAAGUGGAAAAAACCUUACUUUAAUCUUUAUUUAGUCACUCAGAUCCAUAUUUGUAUCUAAAAGUGAAAGAGUUCAUAUAGUGCUCAUAUAAAGCUUAAAGAAAAAUAAAUAACUAAAUACAAUUAAAAAAAAACAUAUUGCACUGUAAAAAUUUAAAUUUUUAUUGUGUUCAUAAAAAUCCCUUGCCUUUGAUAACUAGACUAUAGCACAAACAUAUCUUCCAUGUAUAUAGCCUAAUACUGUAGAGAAGGUGUGAAUAACUAUGUACCUAGCCCAGCAUAUUGACUUGCCAGUAUUAUUAAAGAACUCUGUCUUAAAGAAGUAAAGGCUCUGUAAAUUUUCACACCUCCAUACUUGUCUGGACUCAUUAGAUUUAGUAAACCAAUAUAGAUGACCAAACCUGAUUUUAUUAAACUUCCAAAAGAAAGCAAAUGCUCAUAAAAAAACAAAAAAAAAAACCCAACUUAGUGGUAUUAAGAAAAUAUAUAUAUUUUUAAUACUCCUUUUAUAAUGAGUUAACUCUUUAUAAAGAGUUAACUCUUUCAGUACCUAAAGUACGGAAUAAAUAUUAUUAUUACAUAUUAAUUGUAUUCAUGCACUUUGUAAUUUAUUCCAAAAACAAACAUUGCGCAACAUUUUAAGCAAUCUGUUAUUGGUGAUUUAUAGUCAUAAUGAAUAAACCCGACACCCUCUGGAUAUAUGUUGCAUCAUGUUGUGAAUCUGGUUGUUAAAAUCAGCCUAUUGUGUACUAUGUACAUCUUAAUAUAUUGAUAUGUAUAUACAAUAAAAGCAAGUUAAGGAUUUGCAAUAAAUGUAAUGGUUCUUAUUCUUAAACUUUGUAUAUAUUUUGUAUGGUUCCUUUUCGUUUUGUUUGUUAAAUGUUCUUUUAGGAAAGGUCUAACUCAGCAUUAUUCAGUACUUAGAAUAUGCCAAUGAUGCCAAUGAAUAAUAAUGUAUACUAUGCAUUACAAGACAGCCAUUAUUACUGUAAAUGUGAAAUAAAUCAUUGUAGUACUAUUUUAA